CAGAGGAGGGAGGGGAGCAGGCCCUGAUCCACUCGGAGCCGAUCAUUGGCAAUUAUUAAUCGCAUUCCUGAACGCCAGCGUGGCAUGGAAAAAUGUCCCACCGUGCCGAAGGAAGCGGGGAUCAGCCCUCGGAAAUACCUCUGGCCGGCCGGCUGGCCCUCUCUGCCGCAGCUUUGCUCUUGCUGAUGUUGGCAUACCGGUAUUUCAAGUCUCGCGUGCCCCCUGGCAGCACCCCAGCCGGGGCUGCGGAUGCCAACGUCGCCGGGGCAGAGCAAAGGGAAUGGCAGGUUGGCAGCCAGGUGACAAACAAGCCAGCGGCCCUGAGGCACAGAGGAGGCCGGGGCAAGGAGACGGAGCCAUGCCACCCAGGGACCAAUCAGCUGACGCAGGUGGGUAGAUGCGACGGAGUCGUAGCGGAAGAGUGUGGGCAGGCAAAGAUCCCUGCUGGCAGAGGGCUGCCUGGCACGAGAGAAACUGAGGCAGAAGAGGACCAAGAGGCAGGGGAAGUGAGCCAUGCAGAAUCUGGGGUGGAGCACAGGUGGAGGUCAGAGGGCACCAUCCAGAACUGCACUAGCAAAGCUGGGGCCGAUUUGGACAAUUUUGGAGGUCAUUCCAGAGCAGUAGGUCUACUCAACCGAGAGAAGGAGGCCGGUAACAUCCCUGGCUGGGAUGUCGAUCCUGCUGAAGCUGACUCUAGCUGUGCUAAGCCAGUGGAGAAGGAGGUCCAUCCCGCAGACGGGAGUGACAUCGGUUUGAAAAGAGGAGAUCCUCCACAACUGGGGAAAGAGUCCAAGGCUCUCCAUGUUGUGGAGAGGCCGUUGGGCCGAGAGAAGAUCCGGUCCUUCUAUGCCACCAGUGAUACGGGCUUGGCCAUCAACCACAACCAUGUGCAAUCUCAGGUGGCCUAUGCCUUCUCCUCGGUGGCCAAGGUGGAGGUGGAGGAGAACUUCAUCAAAGAGAAGCAAGGUUCUGGGAAAGCUGAAGAUGCCCAACUCAGAGGCAAAAUCUACAAUUACUAUGUCCAGUCCGCUUCUCAAUCUGUCACUAAUAAAACCACCUUUACUACCAACUCGGAUCUCCAACAAUCCUGCAAUCUCUCUACUAGCAACAUACUUAACGUAUCCAAGAAAUGUGGGGCUGAGGAACCUGUCCACUCAUCCGUGACCAACAAUGACGUUAACAAGCUUGUUUUGGAGAAGGCUCCAGCCCCAUCUUCUAACGUUCUCCUCAGUCCUGAAAAAGACACCCAACCUAAAGACCAAAGAGAAGCAGUUGUGGUUGAAGAAGCCAUCUCCUCGAAACCUCCGUUGGCUAGAUAUAGCUUCAUCCGGAAAGACAGCUUCCAAAGAAUUGUAGAUAAUCCAGACUUACAGAUGCCGAUGGAAGGUUUUGGUUCUCCAGCAAUGGGACCUUCAGCUGUCCUCCCCUCAUCUCCAGCUCCUCUUUGCUUGGAUUCUACUUCAUCUCUGGUGAGAUCCAUGCAAGAUCUCCCCAGCAGUGGAACAGAAGAGCCAUUGGUGGAGCUUGUGGCUGGUGCUAAAUUUUUCCACGUCCCAAUGAGCUCCGAAUCCUUUCUGGAUGUGCACUUAGAUCUGGGGAACUGCUACCAGGUCUUGUGCAUGGCCAAAAAGCAGAAGCUUAAGGAUCUGCAAGAGGCGGCCUAUAAGGUCAUGAGUGACAACUAUCUCCAAGUGCUGAAGACCCAGGGCAUCUACCGCCAGCUCAAUGCUGCAGAGAGGGACUUGAUCCUAGAGAAGAGGAUGCGAGGCAAGAAAUAUUUGACCGUGGCAGAUAUUGGUUGCCACCCCAGUGGACUUUCUUACUACGAUGAUCAGAAGGACGCUUGGCAUCCCUUAACCCACAUCCCUGUGGAAGCCAUCUCCAGGGGUUGUGCCAUCUGCAGCAUGUUCAACUACCUCUUUGUCGUAGCUGGCUGCGAAGGGCGUGGAAGAUAUCAGAAACCAUCCAACCGUGUCUUCUGCUACAACCCCGUGACCGACAUCUGGCAGGAGAUCUGCCCACUCAACCAAGCCAGACCCCACUGCAAGCUGGUGGCCCUGGAUGGCUGCCUCUACGCCAUCGGUGGAGAAUGCCUCUACACCGUGGAGCGGUACGACCCACGCCUGGAUCGAUGGGCCUUUGCUGCUCCUCUACCCAACGACACCUUCGCGGUGGCCCACACCGCCACCGUCUGCGACGGGGAGAUCUACGUGACGGGGGGCACCUUGAGAUACAUGCUGCUGAGGUACGUCGGGCGGACAGACACUUGGAAAGUCCGCCUCACCGGAGGCAGUCAGGACAGGACCACCGAGAUGGUGACCGUCAAUGGCUUCAUCUACCGCUUUGACCUCAAUCAGAGGAUGGGCAUCAGUGUCUACCGCUGCAGUGCCAGGGCCAAGCUGUGGUAUGAGUGCGCCACCCACCCCAUGCCCUUCCCGCCUUGCUUCCAGUGCUCUGUAGUUGGAAAUCUUGUCUACUGCGUCAGUCGGCAGUUCAACCUCCGCUUCCUGGCUGACUUGGUGUUUCCACGGUUUGGGCUCAAAGAGCUGAAAAAUUUCCCUUCCCCAAGAGGAACUCUCAUCCCAGUUACUCUCAUCUUGCCCGAGGGGGACAAAGCACCCCAAACAAGGGUUUGAGGGGCCUGCACAAGCCGCCUUUGGAACAACAAGGCAAACCUACUUUCAAGGACGAUGAUCUCCUCUCAGAGAGCCACGGUGGCGCAGUGGUUAGAGCGCAGUACUGCAGGCUGACUCUGUAAACCGCUUAGAGAGGGCUGUAAAA